CCUAAUUAUGUCUCCAUCCAUUGGUGAAAGUACCAACAAUGCAUCAAUCGGGUCUGACGAGUCGUGUCGCUUUGAAACCAUACGGAUUAUCGAUACAGAGGAGCCUGAAUUUUAUCGAAAAGAAGGCUUCCAUCCAGUUCACAUUAGUGAUCACUUUGACGGAAGGCGGUACCGAAUUGUCCAUAAGCUUGGGCAUGGCGGAUUUUCCGUCGUAUGGCUGGCUUACGACUCCUUGGACUCUAUCUGGGUGGCCCUCAAGAUUGUAGCUGCUUCGGACUCCUCCAUGAUGGAAGAAAAGGCAGUCAUGUGGCACAAUAUCAUUUCGAAAAUGAAUGACGAAAGAUUCGUCACUUAUAAGCGCUUCUUUCACAUCGAAGGACCCAAUGGCCGUCAUCUAUGUCUAGUCCUACCACCUUGUGGUCCUUCUUGCAACACUCUGUCCCAAUACCUACAGAGUAGGAUUCAUCCCUGGCUGGCGCGUCGCGUGGCUUUUCAAGCUACAAAAGCUAUCGCAGAUCUUCAUUCUCAAGGUCUUUGUCACGGAGACUUUACCCCGAGCAAUAUCGUCUUUCGCAUCCGUAACCUUAAUCAUCAAGAUGAUCAAGGUAUAUACCGGCUUUUUGGUGAACCUCAACGCGAUGGCUUGAGAACGAUAUCGGGUCAACCUACUGGUGCAGAGGCGCCUCGGUAUAUCGUUGGCAACCUCGACUUCACGUCAGCAGAGGACCUCAUACGUGAUGAAAUCUGUUUGAUUGAUUGUGAUCAAGCAUUUUUGACCUCUGCGCCCCCGAGGAAAACACUUGGGACACCUCCAGGCUUUCUGGCGCCUGAGGUGGCAGUUGGAAAAUCAGCCAGCCCGGCGAGUGACGUUUGGGCUCUGGGCUGUUCUAUCCUACAGAUCAGGUCAGGCUCUUCUCCUUUCUCAAUUCCCAACGUCGAUAGCCCAGCAAACUUGCUUGGAUGGGUCAGCGAGUACAUUGGCCGUAUGCCGACAUCAUGGGGAGAGCCACUAUUCGACGAUGAUGGCCUCCCAACGAUGGACACGACCAAUGGCGAGUCCCUAGGUGAAAUACUUGAAAACACGAGAUCGCUGAAGCAAUGGAUCAGCGAUAUCUGGGAUCAACCAGAUAAUCUCGAGGAGCUUCAGUCGACAUCAACUGCGCCAGAUAGAGUGAGAGAUGAGAACAAACCAUAUCUGGAAUGUUACAACAACAAAUUUUGGAAACCUGCCGCAAUUAGGAUUGAUGAUAUCUACCUCGGAGCAUACUCCGACAAAGUUGAUAAGAUCAUUGAAUCACUGCAGAAAAUAUUGACGCACGAAGCUGACUUGCUAUAUGAUCUGACAUCCAAGAUUUUUGUCUAUGAGCCUGCACAGCGAGUGUCUGCAAGAGAUAUCUUAGCUCAUCCAUGGUUUCAUAUGGACGAUACGACAUGAAGAUUGGCUUCGAACUGUUCGGAAAGUGAUAAGAUAAUGAUUAGAGGAGUCAAUAGACAAAAUACAAGUACAGAUUCAGAG